AUGGCAACUACGUCUCGGCGAGGGGGUAGGGGAGGUCCUAAGACCGGGAGAGGACGAGGGGGAAGUGGCGGCAGUCGUGGUGGUGGAGCUGCAAGGGACAGGCGCGAGGUCGACUUGUCCAAGGCCUUGUCGAGGCUGCUCCGGCACCAGGCAGGCAACGCCGGGAUCGAGCUUGACCGGGAAGGGUACGCGCCGCUUGAUAAGGUGCUACAAUGGGGCCCCAUCCGCUCGUUAGCCCCGUCCUUUGAUGAGAUCGUCGCCGCCGUGCGCGACAGCGACAAGCAGCGCUUCGCCCUGAAACCCAGCCCGGCGACCAACCCGGACCAGGACGAGUCCUCGGCCGAGCCGUCGCACUGGCUCAUCCGCGCCAACCAGGGCCACAGCAUCAAGCUCGACAGCGAGGCGCUGCUCAAGCCCCUGGCCAUCCCCUCCGACUCUGGCUCAUUGGCCCCUGACGACGACGGCAGCGGCAGCGGCAGCGUGCCUGUUCCCGAAACGGUCGUCCACGGCACCUACUUUGCGUUUUGGCCUGCCAUUGUCGCCUCAGGCGGGCUGAAGACCAUGGGGCGGAACCACGUGCACUGCAGCAUUGGCCUGCCCGAGGACGAGGCCGGCGUCGUCAGCGGCAUGCGCAGAGACGCCGAGCUGCUCAUCUACUUGGAUGUGGUCGCGAGCAUCAAGGAUGGCAUGAAGUGGUGGAUCAGCGACAACGGGGUCGUGCUGACCGAGGGUAAUGCCGAGGGCAUGGUGCCGGUAAAGUACUUUAGGGAGGUGGUGGGUCGGAGGCAGAACGUUGGUGUGCUUUGGAGGAACGGAGAGAAGGUGGCUGACUUGCCCGAGGGGUUGAAGAUACGCGCGCCGCAGGGGAAAAAUAGGGGGAGUCACGGGCCCAGAGGAGGCAGAGGCAGAGGCAGAGGCGGCAGGGGGGCCGGGGCGUGA